CAGCGGCGGAGCAGAUGGCUACGAACCCCGCCAAACCACCCGGACAGACGGCCAAGAUGAAGAAGGAUGAGUCGCUGCUGGGAAAACUGGGAGGAACGUUAGUCCGCAAAAAGAAGCUGAAAGAAGAUCAAACCCAGCCCUUCCAGCCUCCAUCUGUGUGAACAGCUGCACAGUAAAGUGUGUUUGUGGAAGUGUGUGUGUGUGUCAUUGUGGAAAUGAGCGGUCGUCCUGUUUUUGUCCAGACAGUAACACAGGAGUGACCGUGUGUGUUCAAGUCUCUUGAGUCACUCUUUGUUCAGAAGAAUCUUUUUGGGGAAAGAAUCGUUUUAGAUUAUUUAAAGGUUCAAUAUUCAGCAAUGAUUUCUGGCCUGAUAAACUGACAAGCUUUGGCUGAAAGUCUAACGGUUAUUUUGAGCUUGUCAAUUUGAAAUACUUUUGCAGUUGUCUGAAAGGUGUUUUGUAUGUGACUGCCUUGUUAAGUGGUUGAUAUACUGUGGUGUUUAGUGGUUGCCAGGGUGUUAGUAGUUGUGGGAAGUAACUCAACAUUAUGGUUAUGGUUACACUUUAUUUACACUUUAUUUUUAUUACAAGGUUAAACUUUAUUUUAAGGUGUCCUUAUUACACUGUCCUUUUUCAUAUAAGUACUGACUAAUAUUAACUAUAUGUACACUGGUUUCAAAACAGUAUCAUGGCUUUUAAACUAUAAUUUAUGAUCUUAAACCUGUAUCUAACCUCAGAAGCAUCUCAAAGUAAAAAUAGGUGCUCAAGUCAGAUUUUGUGCUGGCUGUGUUUUAAAAUUAAAUGAUUGCAAUCUUAAUUUUGAAAGUCUGUCGGUAAUCAGUGUUCUGUUGUGAGGUUAUCCCUGCCUGCUUUAAAUGCUUGAAAAUGAUUAUUAGCUGAAAACAUUUGACAGAAAUGUAAAAAAGUAAUCAAAUGUGAUCAGUUACAUUACUUUAAUAAAGUAAUUGAAAUAGUUACACUACUUAUUAUAUUUUAAAUAGGGUAACUUGUCUAUUACAUUCCCAAAGUAACCUUCCCAGCACCUGGUUGUUAGGGUGUUACUGUGGUGUUCAAAUGUACAAGUUGCUAAGGUAUACAGUUUUUUGUCUGGUUAUUAGGGUGUUGUAUGGGUGCUUUGGCUGUUUGUUAGGGCGUUCUGGUUCGUUGUUAGGGUGUUGCUAUAAUUUUCUGGUUGGUUGUUAGUGUUGCUAGGGGGCUUUGUUUGUUCGUUUGGGUGUUCUGGCUGGUUGUUAGAGUGUUGCUAGGGUGCUUUAUUUGUUCGUUUGGGUGUUCUGGCUGGUUGUUAGAGUGUUGCUAGGGUGCUUUGUUUGUUUGGGUGUUCUGGCUGGUUGUUAGAGUGUUGCUAGGGUGCUUUGUUUGUUUGGGUGUUCUGGCUGGUUGUUAGAGUGUUACUAGGGUGCUUUGUUUGUUCGUUUGGGUGUUCUGGCUGGUUGUUAGAGUGUUGCUAGGGUGCUUUGUUUGUUUGGGUGUUCUGGCUGGUUGUUAGAGUGUUACUAGGGUGCUUUAUUUGUAUGUUUGGGUGUUCUGGCUGGUUGUUAGAAUGUUGCUAGGGUGCUUUAUUUGUUUGUUUGGGUGUUCUGGCUGGUUGUUAGAAUGUUGCUAGGGUGCUUUAUUUGUUUGUUUGGGUGUUCUGGCUGGUUGUUAGAAUGUUGCUAGGGUGCUUUAUUUGUUUGUUUGGGUGUUCUGGCUGGUUGUUAGGAUGUGGCUAGGGUUUUCCGAAUGGAUGUUUUGGCUAGUUGCUAAGGUAUCCAGGCUGCAUGGCCUGUAUUCAGAACUGUGCUGAUUGGUGAAUGCAGUUUGAAAACUCUAAGAGGAAACACAAUCAUACAUUUUUCACAAUAUGUAGAAAUUGUGAUUGUUUUUGCUGGUCAUGUGUCUUAGAGAUGAGUGCCUUCAGUUUAAAUGAGGGAAUGUGACGUUUAUAGCGCCACCCAGAGGAAAUUUGUUAGAAAGAGUGGUUUGUUUUCUUCAGGAAAGUAGUAUUUGUUAUGAUUGACAGCAGCAUUUCCCAUCCCUGCUGUGCAGAAGCUGAUCUCAGCAAGCUCUCUGAUAUAUAUGAGGAUGUGUGAGUGUUUGUUUGUGUGUUAGGAUGGUGACUUAUAUAUUAUUGUGUGUGUAUGAGUGAUACUGAGAGAUCUGGCUGUUGCUGCCUCCAUUUGCCAAGUGAGGAACAUGGAUCUCAUGAGUGACCUUCAGGCAGAGGGUAAGAACACCAUCAACGCCCCCCUCCUGCACCCCGGCCCAGAGCUGCUCCCUGAGGACACGUUGCUUGAGGAAAAUUCAGAGAAGACCAUUCUAGACCCCACUUCCAGAGAAGACCUCAAUUUUAAAGACCUCCAGAAGGUUCUCAUUGACUGGAUCAACAGUGAACUGGAGGAGGACCGAAUCAUCGUGAAAGACCUUGAGGAAGAUCUGUAUGAUGGACAGGUGCUGCAGAAACUGUUCGAGAAGCUGUCAGGGCAUAAGCUGAAUGUGGCCGAGGUGACGCAGUCAGAGAUCGGACAGAAGCAGAAACUGCAGACGGUUCUGGAGGCUGUUAAUGGAGUCCUCAGGCCGCUGGACUGGAGCAUGGAGUGGAGUGUCGACUCAAUCCACUCAAAGAACCUGGUGUCCAUCGUGUACCUGCUGCUGGCGCUGGCUAUCUACUACGCGGCACCCAUCCGCUUACCUGAGCAUGUGUCCGUCAAGGUGAUCGUGAUCAAGAAAAAGGAGGGAAUCCUGCAGACUGCUCAUGUGACCAAACAACUCACAAGUACCACAACAGACAUGAUGAUUGGAAGAUCAGAACGUGAUGCUUUUGACACCUUAUUGGAUCACGCACCUGACAAACUCAAUGUAGUGAAAACAUCGCUGAUUACAUUUGUGAAUAAACACUUGAACAAACUGAACCUGGAGGUGACGGAGCUGGAAUCACAGUUUGCAGAUGGUGUCUAUCUGGUGUUACUGAUGGGAUUGUUAGAAAAUUACUUUGUGCCUCUGUACAACUUCUACCUCACUCCUGAAAGCUUCGAACAGAAGGUGCAUAAUGUCUCAUUUGCUUUUGAGCUCAUGCAAGAUGGUGGUUUACAGAAACCCAAAGCGAGACCAGAAGACGUGGUGAACUUGAAUCUGAAGUCAACACUCAGGGUGCUUUACAACCUUUUCACCAACUACAAGAACUCAGAGUAACACUGAAAGAGAUCCGAGGAAAGCCGCUACAUGCCUCACUGAUGCCAGGACUUCUGCGCUCACACAUGCACACACAUCCCCAGUGUUACUUUUAUACGUAAGAAUGAAAUAUUUUGUAUUGUUUGGCUUAUUUAUGCCCAGAAUCGAAUGUAUUUAGCCUUAAUGAUGCGUCAGUGUUGCAGCUCAUUCAAAUAUUUCAUUGACUUACGCAAACGAGGCCUGCCACUGCUUUAAGCACUACACCGGAAUGACUUUUUGUCCUGGAAUGCACUAAAAGAAAUGCUGUAAUUAUUUCAAAUAAACAAAUACUUUCUA